GUGAACAGCAGUGAAUUCGAAAAUGGCCCGUACCAAGCAAACCGCUCGCAAAUCGACUGGUGGCAAGGCGCCACGCAAGCAACUGGCUACUAAGGCCGCUCGCAAGAGCGCCCCCGCCACCGGAGGCGUGAAGAAGCCUCAUCGGUACCGCCCUGGAACUGUUGCCCUGCGUGAGAUCCGUCGAUACCAGAAGAGUACCGAGCUGCUGAUCCGCAAGCUGCCUUUCCAGCGUCUGGUGCGUGAAAUCGCUCAGGACUUCAAGACUGACCUGCGAUUCCAGAGCUCGGCGGUGAUGGCUCUGCAGGAAGCUAGCGAGGCCUAUCUAGUAGACCUCUUUGAAGAUACCAACUUGUGUGCCAUUCAUGCCAAGCGUGUCACCAUCAUGCCCAAGGACAUCCAGUUGGCCCGUCGCAUUCGCGGCGAGCGUGCUUAG